CCGCACUCCGUGCGCCGCCAGUGGCGAACGUUUCCGUUGUGGUUGUGUGCGUUGUGAAUACAGUGAGUUCACAGAGCGAAAAGGUUGCGAUGUGUGAGGAAGAGACCGACGAUUGACCGGAGAUCUCGUGGGAAACGACCUUUGUUAUGUAUAUAUACAUUAGUGUAAACAAAAAAUCUGUUCUGGAAUUUAAUCACACGCCAUGGGAGUCACUGGACUGUGGCGGCUGAUAGAGCCGACAGGGAAACCCGUGCCGGUUGAGACGCUGGAAAACAAAGUUCUUGCUGUUGAUAUUUCGAUAUGGUUGCAUCAGAUGGUGAAAGGAUAUCAAGAUGCAAAAGGAGCUCCUAUUGCGAACGCACACCUAAUGGGAUUGUUUCAACGCCUUUGUAAACUUCUUUACUUCAGAAUAAAACCUGUAUUUGUAUUUGAUGGUGCAUUUCCAGAUUUGAAAAAAGAAACUAUUGCUAAAAGACAAGACAGUAAAGCAAAAUACAAUUCAGAAUCGGAGAGACUUAAAAGAGAGCUGGCUCUUAUUUUGAGCAAGAAAACGGCUAUUGGAAAUUUGCUAGGUAAACAAAUAUCACCAAAGAAAAGCAAUAAUGUGGCACAAGAUGCAGAUGAUUUAUUCAAGUUGCCUGCAUUACCAGAAAAGGAGGAAGAAAGCGAAUCUGAAUCUGAAGAUGAGCAGAAUUCAAGUGGAUCAAUAAUAGACCUGCAUUCAGUUGAAUUGGAAUCGGAGAAGUUUAAAAAUUUGCCAGUUAAAGAAAAAUAUGAUUUGCUCAUAGAAUUAAAGGAAACAAGAAAAAUGAAUUCAUGGGGAAAGCUCCACGAAUUACCAAAACAGAGUGAUAAUUUUUCUGAUUUUCAAAUGCAGAGAUUACUUAAAAGAAGAAAGCUACAAGAAUGUUUAGAAGAAACAGAAAAAGAAAUGGGUGAUGGUGGAAUGUCCUUAAAUGAUCUUGAAUCUUUAUUGAAUGAAGAAGGAAUCGACACCAAAAUAGAAACAUUACCAACACGAAGAAUAGCCUCAAAUAAUAAUACCAGGUUUAUACUUAUUAAUAAUGUUAAACAGGCUUUAGCAGAUGCCAAAAAGAAAAAAGAAGAAGAAAAUAAAGCUAGUACAAGCAAAAUUGAGGAAGUUAAGGCAGAGGUCACUACGACCAAAGCAACACUUAAAAGGAAUGAACUAGACGAAGAUUUAGAAAGAGCCAUAAAAAUGUCUUUAGAAUGUGUCAAUGAGGCUGAUGUUAGUGUAACCACUUCUAAAACUGAUGAUUCUUGGACAUCGUGUCUUACAGACUCAGAUUACUCGGAUUCUGAUGAAGAUGAUGGAAUGGAACAGCCAGAUAUGUCAUCAGCAAAAGCGUAUAUCAUGCAAUACAGCGAUUUCACUAAUAAAGCCAUUGAUAAAUUAGUAAGUGGUGGUAAAGUUAGCGAGAAAACUAAAAUCAAAAUACCUAAGAUUGAUGAAGUCUUAGACGAAAUUAAUAGAGAAAAGUCUGUCAUAUUAGAUAGAAUAGAGGUAUUAUCUGAUGAUGACAAUACUAAACAAAAUAAUGAGAUUGUAGAUAUCCAACAAGAUAAAGUCGUUGAAGAUAAGAUUGCUAUAGAAUCAAAUAUUACCGUAAAAGAAGUCAAACAAAAUAAGUAUUUUAAUACAAACGACACAAUUUUUUUAUCUGACACUGACGACUAUGAAGAUAAUAAAUUAGAUCCUAAAGCAGAUGAAAAGCAAGAUUCAGGUUCAAUAAACUUACAUACGACGAUAAACGUAGAACCUCAUUUAAAAGAUACAUCAUUGGAUGAGACUCAACUAUCAGUUAUAUGUCUCGAAAACAAACAUCCAGAAGUUGUAACUUUAGACAGUAGCUUAGAGGAAAAUGAAACACAAAAUUCACUGAUUAUUUCGAGUAAUAAAUCUGAUUCCGAAUCUAGCGAUGAUGAUUUCGAAGAUGUUAGUGAAAUGGAAUCAAAACCGGCGAAGACUAUUGUGCAACUAACAUUAAAUACAGAUGCUGUACUUGAUGAUGAUGAUAUAUUUGCUGAUGUUUUUACGAACACUGAAAAACCACCUGGAAAAAUAUUCGAACACGCGGAAGUCAAUGAAGAAAUAACGAUUACAAAUACUGUGAACAAUGUGAAGGAAUUAGAUGUUGUAACGGAAGGUGAAACAAUUAUUACAGGCACAGAAAAAAUAGUAAAAACUUGUGACACAAUGCUAUCAGAAGUUGAUAACGAAAUAAAAGAUCAGAUUGUUAAAAACAAAACUCUAUCUAACAUAGACACAAUAGAACAAUCUAAAAAUGUAAAUCCAUCCAUAAAACCAUUAAGAACCGACGACAAUACUUUGGAUACCACCCCUCCAAGUCAUAAUGACAAAGUGAUUACUACUACAAAAGAACUGAUAUCUAAGGAACAACUUAAUUCUAUGGCCAAAGAAAUCCAAGUUGUGGAAGACAAUUUGAUACAAGAAAAAGGUCGUUUGGAUCGUGUUGGUAGGAAUAUAACAGAGCAAAUGACGAAAGAAGCUCAGGAAUUGCUUCAGUUAUUCGGUAUUCCAUACAUAGUAGCGCCAAUGGAGGCAGAAGCUCAAUGUGCGUUUCUCGAAAGUGCAAAAUUAACGGAUGGCACAAUCACAGAUGAUAGUGACAUCUGGUUAUUUGGUGGAAAAACUGUUUAUAAAAAUUUCUUCAACCAAAAGAAACAUGUACUUCAGUUUUUAGCCGAUAGAAUAGAGAAAUCUUUUAAUUUAACUAGGGAAAAGUUAAUAUUGCUAGCUCUACUCGUCGGAAGCGAUUAUACAACAGGAGUGUCGGGAGUGGGGCCCGUAACAGCUCUGGAGAUCUUAGCAAACUUUCCAUUCAACAAAAAACAGCUGAAUGAAAGUGUUCAAAAAAGCCGCUACGCAGAAAUGGUCACUGGUUUGGAGGAAUUUAAACGCUGGGUUAGAGGUGGCAAAAGAACUGAUAACACAAGCCUCAAAAAGAAGUUAAAGAAUGUCGCUUUGACGGAAGACUUCCCGAGCGUGAGGGUGGUCCAAGCAUACCUGGAGCCGAAUGUAGAAAAAAGCGAUGAGAGAUUUUCCUGGGGUGAAUUGGACAUUACAAUACUUCGUGAUUAUACCAGAGCAAAAUUCGGAUGGUCCCAAAACAAAUUGGAUGAAAUUAUUAAACCUGUCCUAAAAAGGAUUACGGAACGCAAAACACAAAAGAGCAUGGAUGAUUAUUUUAAACGAAAAAUAGAAUUUGAGUCGCUAGAGGAUCAAAUGAGCAAACGGGUUAAGGCGGCUGUUCAAAGAAUGGGCCCAAGCUUGGACAUUCCCAUGGAGGGACAAGCUCCUACUGAAGAAAGUCAAAACGUAGGAAAAAGAAAGCUAUCAAGAACUCAGAGUGAAGGUGGUCGAAAAAUCAAUGUCAAGGCGGGACCCUCUAAAGGUAAAAAGAAAAAAGGUUGUGAAGAAAGUGUACUUAACGAGCAUGGCGUUAAAAUUGUAACGGAUGAUGUUGAAGGUAAAUCAAUUUUCGACAUCAAAAUCCCGAAAAGUGAUCGCUUCCAGGAGAUCAUUCCUCAAAGGGAAAAAGAUAAAAAGCAUUUGCUAGAGAAUAAAUUAAAAGCAAUUGAGAUGUUUAGGAAAACAAAUAUUGAUCGUAAAAAGAAAACCACCAAGAGAAAACCAAUUCAACCAAAGGCAGAUGCAGAACUUUCAGAAAGCAGUGAUAGUAAUUAAGAUAUUUAUUUCCUAUAGUUAUAAAAAUAAAAUACCAUUUUAAAAUAGUCA